AUGUCUUCCAGAGAUCAUAAAGCAAUGGAGCGGCCGCGAACUGCCGAUCAUCACCGGCAAGACACAAGGAAGCCUACCUUUGCUAACGUUAAUGGUCUCAACACUCAAAGUGGUAGUCAGUGUGAGAGAAAAUGGCGAAGUUUCAAGCUCUUGGUUGAUCCCAUGAUCAAGAAGGGGCAACAGAAGUUGUACAGAUAUGAUGGAGUAAUCCAAGGGCAUUCUGAUUAUACUCCAGUACCAACCAGAGAUCCCAGAAACAGGUUAUGUAGGUUAUGGCCUCGUACUGAAAAGGCUGAGCUGCCUGUGCCAAAAUUUCAGUUUGACGAGUACUAUGUUGGUGAGCUACCACCAAAGGAGGUAACAUUCUCUAAUUUGAAUGACAACAUCAAUACUCAGUUUCUGGAAGAAAUGUGUAAAAAAUUUGGCAUCAUAGAGUUAUCAAAAAUCUACUAUCAUCCCAAAACUAAGAAGCACUUAGGACUGGGAAGAGUCAAGUUCAACACUGUGAUGGCUGCAAAGCAAGCAGUCACAAAACUGAACCGAACCUCUGUCAUGGGAAAUAUUAUUAUUGUACAGAUAGAUACAGGAGGUAAAGAAUGUGAUCAGAUGUUUGAAUGUUUAAUCAAUGACAAACCUAAGGUGCCAACAGUACAAUCAUUGAAUGAUCCGCGUAGUAAAUCUAGGAUUCCUCAAACGACGAGGACGCCUGAAACAUCAAGAACGCUUUUGGAUCAUAGACAGGGUCAAAGCAAUACACCACGGGGAUUUUCAAAUCAACGGUUUGCUCAGAACAAUGACAGUUUCACGCCUCAAAGCCAGGACUCUGGCUAUAGCACCCAUACAGCCUUUUCAACUGACUAUCCAAGUCCAAUGCCACAAAAUGUGGAAGCUGGAUUUAGAGGAAAUGGAAAUUACAAUUACGGCAGUACUCCAUCUACACCUUCUGGUUUCGUUUCACAUUCUGUGUCCGCACCUGCAGUACAGACUUAUGAUACAAAUAAAUCUGCGUAUGAUAGCAAUUCAACAUUUAUGCCGAAUUUUGCACAGCCACAGGUACCGCCUCCACCACCGCCCCAGCAGGUGGUGCCACCACCACCAUUGCCUGCCCAGCCAAUACCUCAGUAUCAACAAGUCCCCCCACAGGGCCAGUAUCAGCAACCAAUGGCAGGGCAGCAAUAUCAGCAGCAUUCACACAUGACACCAUAUCAUCAUCCAACUACUGUACAACCAAGUCAUUUUCAACAACCAGCUCCUCCGCUACCGCCGGUACCGCAUUACCCAACGCAGUCUCUACAGCCAGCACCUAAGAAGAACAUUGCUGAACAAAAUCUUUACCAGAACAAGGAACCUACACAAAGACAUGAAAAGAAAUCAGUGCCAUCAUCAAAAAAUGAAAAAAGUGAAGAUGUUAAACCAGCAGAGUCUCCAACAUACUUGAGUUUAGAUUCUCGUAUUGAAUCUUUGUUGAAGCAAAGUCGCAGUAAAGGUGCAUUUAGUGAAAUCCCAUUCGUUGCAGACUCAUCUGACACGGAACAUUCUCAGUCGCCAGUAGCACAGUCGCCACCAGCGCCUCUGCCACCACCAAUUCGAGAAUCAGAACCUCCCCCACCUGUCAAAUUAUCAUUGCCACCUUUACCCCCCGCAACAAAACCGAAUAAAGUGGAAAAACCUGAAAAAUCAUUAUCAGAGAGACUAUUAGAACUAAAGAGACUAUUAGAACUAAGUCAGUCUUCGUUGGGUGAUUACCGCUCACCCAUUGAGAGCAAAUGGGAUUGGAGGAAACAAUCAAAUGAAAAGCAAUCAGUCAAACAAUCAAGUGAAAAACAAUUUGUUGAUAGUCCAAAUAGGACGCCACUUGCCAGUGAGGAUGCAGAAAGCAGGGAGAGUUUUGGGCAGGGUAGUUACAUGCAGACACCAGAUGACAAUACCUCAUCGAGUAAAAGUGGUGUUACUGGUAAAAGUCUGGAGGAGGAGACUAUAUCCUCCACGCCUGUGAUUCAGUCACAAAUUUUAGCUGAAGAGGAGGAACCCAGUAAAGAAACAAAGGAAGACAUAGUGAAAGGCUCUGUGACAAGUAGUGCUGAUAUGGAUAUAUCCGAUGAUGAGAUGAGUCUGUCACCAAUCAGUAGUAAUGAUGAACCAACUUUAGAAGUUAAUCUACCACCACCUCAGUCACUGACUGUGCCGCCGUUGCCAUUUAAUCCAGUAUAUCCACCCCCUAAUUACAGCAUACCACCACCUUGUUUUCCACUUCCGCCACCUGCAUCAGCAAGCCAACCUACCAUAAUUCCUACUAAAUCCAUGGAUCAUACUAAACCACCACCUCUCAUGUCAAUCAACGUGCCCCACCCCCACCCUGUUGUACCGCCAUGCAGUACUGCAAGUAAUUUCCCAAUUCCCCCGACAAGCUUUGGUGCACACCUGCCACCAAGCUACCCCCCAGCAGGUUUUCCUGCAUUCAAUCCCAUGUAUCCGUUGUUAACCCCAGAUGUAAUAAUGAGAACUGGCAUGUGGAGGCCAGAUUUACCAAAUGCCAUGCCGCCACCCAAUACCAGCGGCAUGCUACCCUGGCCACAAUCCUUGCCUCCUAUGCAUCCAUCCCAGGUACAACCAGGACAAUUCCAUGACUGGAACAAAACCGCACAUUCAUUUACAACUAUGCCGGGGUUUGAUCCCACGGUGCCACCGCCUGGAUAUCAGCCAACAACUGAUCCCAACCAAGAAACUGUAGACAAAAUCUUGGAAAAGUCUGUUGUGGAACUUAAACAGAUUAUGAAAAGAGAUCUUUGCAGGCGUAUGGUUGAAUUAUCUGCUUUCAAAGCGCUUGAAAACUGGUGGGAUAAAAAUGCAGAGGAAGCUAGACAACCAAGUAUUAAGGCUGAACAAGAUGGACAGAAGCCAGCUAUGACAAGUAAACCACUGCCAACUAUGACAACGUCAAGUUGGGCUAAAUCUAUGUCUAGUGGAAAUUCCAUGGGGGAGUUAAACAUGGAAAACUAUGGUCUUGGACUGCGGGCGACGAUGCCAAGAAUGCCAUCAUUUAAGAUGAAGAGAAAAAUACCAUCUCCUGUUGUUGAUGAUGAUGACGACGACGACGAUGAUGAGGAUGAUGAUAAUGACAAUGGAGAUGAUGGAAGAAGAAUAAAACGACGACGACGUCCAGAUACGCCAACCAUCAUGGAUGACUCUGAUUCUGAACCAGACACUGAGUUAUCGAUAGCACAGAAAAGACCACACAGUGUUAUUAGUGAUGAUGAAUCUGAACCUGAAGAACAAAGUGGCAGCGAAAGCUCCUCAGACGAGUCUGAAUCGGAAGAGUCCGCGGGAAGUAGUUCUGGAUAUGAGAGCUCAUCAGAAUCAGAUGAUUCCGAAGAUGAAGAAGAAGAGGAUGAAGAAGACGAAGAAGUGGAAAAAGAAAGCAAUAAAAUAUUGGGAGAGGAAAACAAAAUAGAAGUAAAAGAUGAUGAAAUUAACGUUGACGUGAAGAUAGUGGAUGAGAAGGUCAAGCCAAAAGAAGUGUUAGAAGACUCGGCUCUGUCGGAAGGGGUGCAAUCAGACAUUACUGCUAGUGAGAAUGAAAGUGUUAGCAAAGUCAAGUCUUCUGAAGAAGAGAUGCAGGUUGUACAGCAGGAUGAAGAAACAAAAAGUGAAAUUAAAGAAGAAAAACCACAAAUUGCAUUGAACUUAGAACUCGAAAAAUCAACGAUUGCAGACAUAGAAGUGGAGAUGAUAAGUCCUGUUGAGGAAAGUAAAGGAUUUUCACCAGUAGCAUCAAAAUCAAAUUUUGGUAAAGAACAGGAUUUGCAAAAGGAAUUUGUGUGUGCUGUUUCUCCUCCGGGUAAAACCGAAAGUCAUAUGCCACAGAUUGUGCCGAGAACUGAUAGACAUGAGGAUAAACAAAGGUCUGAGUCUUCCUCUUCAAUGUUAUUGGAAAUUUUAACCAGACCAUCAAUGAUAAGGACAGGAAUGUCUGGAUUUCCAUUAGAUCAAGUGUCUCCACGGGUACAAAAUGUGGAAUCGGGUAUUGUGCCAGGAAUACAAACUGCCAUUGACGCAUCAGGGAACUAUCCUCCUAGUGGAAUCAGAACUACAAUGCCCAUUCAGGAACCAAUAUCAGGGACUUCAGAACCACUUGCAAGUUCUAUAGGCUUGCCCUUACAACAAUCUGCGCAUGUUCCUGUCAUUACGACACCUCCAGGACAUGCGUUACAAAGUCCCCAAACGAGGCAGACUUUAAUCAGUCCAGUGUUGAGGCAACCCCAUCAGUCGCCUUAUGGACCUUAUACUGGGCCUUCACAACUAACAAGUCCAAUGCAUAGCUCUACGGGUGUGCCGUCACCACAUGGAGUCCUGCUCAGUCCAUUUGGAACACAAAUGAAAGGACCCCUUGAUUUACUGUGUGAGGUUGCCGAACUUGAAGCUGCAAGGUUGCCUUUGAGAAAGAGUAAUGAACAAUUAAUUCCUGAAAUAAAAGUGGAAAGGAUAUCGCCAGUGCCAAGUGAAGUUGAUUCUGAAAGAACAGAAGAAGCUUCUGAAACUGAAGAAGUUCUAGCAAGGGAAGCUGCUGAGACUUUGUUUUCAUCUAAACAUGAGAGACAGCAGAGAGUGUCAGUUUCUGCAGUGCAAGAUCAUGUCUAUGCACUUCCCCCAAUGCAUGACUAUGCUAUGUCAGCCCCGCCUCUGACACCAACAACCAGGAAAUUGGAUAAAGCAACAGAAUUCAUGUUCUUGGAACACAGCUACAGUCUCCGUCCACCACCGUCUCCAUCACCUCCUCCUCCGCGAACACCAUCACCAAAACCAAUAACACCGACCAAAAUGGAAGUAGAAAUAGAAAUACCCGAACCUGUCAUUGAAACACUGCCUGUUGAUGAAGUUGUCAAACCACAGGAAGAAUCGGUUGUAGAAACAAUUAUGGAAGUGUCUCCCAAGAAAAAGAAGCCAAAGAAAAAGAAACCAAAGAAGGAAGUUCUUGAGCCAGUUGAGGAGGUUUUGGAUGAAGAAACUCCCAAAAAACCAGUACCAGUAUUUGAAGCAAGGGAUCCUUAUGCUGAAUUUGCAAUAUUAUACAGUAUAUUUAACAAUGGUAUAGACUUAGAAGAUGCCAAAUACCUAAGAAGUUCUUAUGAAUCAUUACUGAAUAACAGUCAGGAUUCUUGGCUCAACUACACUCAUUGGGUUUAUCAUCCAAUAACCCAAAUACCUGAUCCACCCCGAAAAAAAAGGAAAUCGGCUGAUGAUGUUAGACAGCACAAAACUGGAAGUGCGCGAAGUGAGGGUUAUUAUAAGAUAUCUGGUAAGGAGAAAAUGAAGUAUUUGAAAGCGAGACAAGUGUUACCACUGGGAGAAGAGAAUGAACCUAACUCUGAGGAUGCGAAUAAAGCUUUGACUGAGAGAGUGAAACAGCAAGCGCAGCUAACACGUGAAGCAAGAUCAAAUCAAAGAAGGUUAUUGUCAUCAUUGGGACACACAGAAAUGAGUGAUUUACUCAAGUUUAACCAACUUAAGUUUCGUAAGAAGCAACUGAAAUUCUUAAAGAGCGGUAUUCAUAAUUGGGGUCUGUUUGCCUUGGAACAAAUCAGCGCUGACGAAAUGGUGGUGGAGUACGUUGGACAAGUGGUACGGCAAGUGAUUGCCGAGGAGCGUGAAAAACGCUACGAAAAGAUGGGUAUUGGUAGCAGUUACUUAUUUCGUGUGGAUGCAGAUAAUGUUAUAGAUGCUACUAAAACUGGUAACUUGGCAAGAUUCAUCAACCAUAGCUGUAAUCCAAACUGUUAUGCAAAGAUUAUAAGUGUGGAAUCACUUAAAAAGAUCGUGAUAUAUUCAAAACAACAGAUAAGCGCUGGUGAUGAGAUUACCUACGAUUACAAGUUUCAUGAAGAUGAUAAAAUCGCAUGUCUGUGUGGAGCUACUCAAUGCCGAGGAUUUCUUAAUUAGAAUACAUGUGACAUUAUUGAUGAACUUGGCAAUGGAACAAUCCUAGAGUUUACAAGAGAGCUGUAUGUACAAAAUGGGCUCCUUCCCGCUAUCAGGGAUUUUAUACAAAUGAAUUUCUCAUAGUUUUAUGAUGUAAUAAAUUACAGUACAUUCCAG